AUGUUGUCGUGGAGAAUGUGGUUGAGGGGCAAUGAGGAUGCAGUCAACAAUCCUCCACCACUAGUUCCACCACCAGCUCCUCAAUUCCCAAACAACAAUCGGAACAAUGGGAACAACAACAAUGUCGGUGCACCAAUCAUCCAAAUAGUACAACCACAACUGAAUAGAAACAACCAUGGCCAAAAUGGUGGGAACAGAGGAAAUUGGGCACAAAAUAUGGGAGGCAAUGUAGGAAACCACAACGAUGAUAAUGUUAGAAACCAGAACCAAAAUCCUAGAAAUGUUGGUCCCCAAUUCGGUAAUGGUAGUAAUGGUGGUAACGAGGAUGACUGGGAUUUUGAUGAUGGAAGUCAAAAUGGACUUGUUUGGAAUCAAAACCACAACGGUGGUAAUAGACGGAAUCAAGGCAAUCGGGGUGGAAACGGGAAAUACAACAAUAACUGGAACAACAAGAAUUUCCCCAUUGGUGGCAACAAUGACUUCAACGAUGGGUUCGGAAAUCAAGGCUUUGGGAAUCAAUACCGAAGGAAUCCAAAUGGUGGAUUUAGCAAUGCAAAUGGAGGAUACUACAAUGAAGGUAACCAAUUCCCUCAUCUUUACUUUCCGCAACCUAAUAGACAAUCUAUGGCAUCUCAUUUUCAGUUGGGAGAGAAUGAUGAUGCUUCACCUAUACUGUUUGCAGAAGGAAACGAGCAUCAUGUGGAAGGACAGAAGAUAUGUGUAAGUUGUGGAGAUUCAGGACAUAUUGCAGAUGAGUGCAUGAGAAGUCAAGAGGAAAUCAAUCAAGUGCACGACUAUGGUCAAUUCCAAAAUAAUCCACGAUCAUUCAAUUGGAACUACAACCACGGCGGGAACUACAACAACAAUGGGAAUUUCAACAACAACAAACGUCAAGGGAAUUACCAAAAUCAAAAUCAGCCAAAACAGUUCCAGCAGUCAAACUUUAACCAGGGUGGAACAUCAAAGAAGGAAGAAACUGAUGGCAACAAGUUGGACAAAAUCAUGGAGUUCAUAAUCCAAACAUAUCAGAAAGCCGACACUAACUCCAAGUCCAUAGCUGCUAUCGAGAAGCAAAUUGCUCAACUGGUAGAGAAAAUUGGGAAAAGAGAAGAUGGCAAGUUUCCAAGCAUCAUAACAGUCAACCCAUAUCACACCUAA